AUGCAUCCCUCCAUCAUCAACCUCUCUUCGCGGCUGCAUCUGUGCUCCGGCGAGAUCCCGCCACCAUUAGUGGGCGCAUCGGCGACGCUGGUCGAACCGUCGUCUGAUGUCGAGGACCGUACGCCGCGGAUGUACCUCUUCGGAGGCCGCCUGGUCAGCAACCGGAGGAUGAUCAACCACCUCUACUGCCUCGACCUCGAAAGGAUGGUCUGGACGCGCAUCAGCCCGAGCUCGGCGGCCGAGUCGUCGUCGUCGGCCUCGGCCUCGGUCGACUCUGCGGCCGCGGCCAGCGAACCCCAGCCGCGCUACUUCCACUCGGCGGAUCUGUGGAACAACAAGAUCAUCAUCUUUGGCGGCAUGGGCUACUCGACCGCACCGGACGCCUCGAGGAGCCCGCAGGAGGUCAAGAACGAUGACCUGUGCGUGCUCGACGAGGUCCUGGCGUUCGACCUGGCGUCCCAGACCUGGGACCUGUCCUUUUCGCCCUCGGCCCUCGACUACGCGGAGCCCUCGGCGUCGCACCUGCAGGCCAAGCCCGCACCGCGCUACGCCCACCUCUCGUCGAUCUCGGACGACAGCCUGAUCAUCGUCGGCGGGCAGAACAUGACAAACCAGUACGUCGAGUCGAUCAACGUCUUCAGCCUGACGCAGAGGCGCUGGAUCAGCGCGCAGCGUUUCCAGCGGCAGUGCGGCAGCUACAGGUCGCUGGCCGUGGCGGCGCGGUACAACUCGCACGAGGGCGAAAAGGCCAAGUGCUACCCUCGCAGUCGGGACCCGCUGGUCCGAGGCUCUGCAGAGGACGGCGAGGAUUCCGGGGUCGAGGAUUCGGCGGCGGCAAACGGCUCGCACGGUGAAUCGACCUCCUCGCCCCUGCCCAAGGUCGAUAUCAACCCUCUGCCCGUAAGCUCGAUCCCGACGGCCAAGGACCCCCAGCCCAUCUACGUCUACUCCAAUUACAACUUCACCGACGUGCGGCGCGAGCUCGAGGUCCUGCGGCUGCAGCCCGACGUCCUCUCGGCCAUGGAACGGCAACCCACGCGACGAGGGUCGGUCGCCUCCGAGGAGUCGGCCAUCGACGUCGAGAUGCCCAUCUCGCCUUCGCGGCCAGAGGGUGGGCCGAACGACGCUUCCGGCGACCUGGUCGCGAUCGAGGAGAACUCCUCGCGCAUGACCGGCAGCACGCUGCCGCCGGGGCUGCGCUUCCCUACCGGGGCGAUCCUCGGCUCGUUCCUCAUCAUCUCGGGCACCUACCUCGCCAACGCGACGCAGACCUUUUCGCUGUGGGCGCUGCACCUGCCGACGAUGACGUGGUCCCGGAUCGAGGCCGGCUCGCACCUUUCGACGGGCAGCUGGAACCGGGCCAUCCUGUGGCCCGGCAAGAACCGCAUGAUUGUCGUCGGCCACAAGGAGCGCGACCUGGUCAGCGACUACAACCACCGCCAGACCAAUUGGAACCACGUCGUCGUGCUCGAGCUCGAGGCCUGGGGCAUCUACCAGCCUCCCGUGCCCCGCCUGUCGCGGGACGCCGUCGAGCUCGGCCUUCGCAAGCUUGCGGCCAGCUCGGCGUCGUCGAUGACGCUCAACGCCGGCUUCAAGGGGCUCAGCCUGGAGCAGAACGACGCCGGCGAGGACGAGAAGUCGGCUCUGCCCUGGCUUUCGGACUCGUUCGGCGGUCGCGGCGACUUUGAGAUCGUAUGCUCGGACGGCAUCCGCAUCGGCUGCGAUCGGGCGAUCCUCGAGAAGCGCUGGCCCUGGUUCCAGUCGAAGAUGGACGACUUCCGCAGGCGCGCCCGGAGGACGGCGCGCGUCGUCGUCAACGGAGCAGGCCAGCAGGAGUCGAACGGUCUUGGCCUGAUCCCCGAGGAGCUUUCCGACAUCCUCGCCGAGGACGACUCCACCGAGGAGCAGGCCGACGUCGACGGCGUCGCUGCAGCUCGCGAGGCGCUCGAGGGCGGCGCCGCGGGUCCCAGGCGAGCCCGCGACCCGCGCUUCCAGCCGCGACACCUGCAGCUGUCCGAGCCCUCUGCGAUCGUCAUGGCCUUCCUCCAGUUCAUCUACACCGAGCAGAUCUGCACCGCGCUGCAGAGGCACCCGGCGGUGGUCUGCGCGCUCCUCGUCCUGUCAAAGACGUAUCGCAUGGACGACCUGCUGACCUGGGCCAAGCAUGCCGCCCACGUCGCGCUCGCCGACGACCUCAACCCCAAGUCGCCGAGCACCGCCGGCGCGUCCUCUGCGGCGGCGCCCGAGUCGGGCGGUCUGGAGCUCUUCCGGCCAUCGGACUCGCUGGGCCUUCACCCCGAGGAGCGGCAUCGCCUUGCCGUCUGCCUGUACGAGGCUGCCUCGCUCUGCGGCUGCGAGGGCCUGCAGGUGCGAGCGCUGCGUGUCGUCAUGUCGGUCGCGCGCUGGCUGCAGAAACACGGAAGCAGCGGCGGCGGCGGAGCGGGCCCCGGCUCCAGCGGCCUCGGCAGCAACGACCGGUACAGCGGGCACAACGACGGCGCAGGGUCCAGCAGCCGAUCCUCGUCGAUGCCGGGCUCGGCUUCCGGCUUCUCUGGCGCUGGCGGCGGCAACGACUCGAGCAGCAGCUACAACCACAGCCAGCGCGGCGGCUACCCGCAGGCCUCGACGUCGGCCACCCCGGUUCACCAGGACAGCCCAGCGAUCUCGGACAGCCCUUCGGUCGCGGCGGGGCAACCUGGCCCUGCAUUGCGUGGACCGUCUCCCAGGGACGACGCUGACCCGUCCCGACUCGGCCCUGCCGACCCGACCAGGCUGAGGCCUCUGCCGUCGACCGGCCUGGGCAUCACGCAUCAGGAGACCGGCAUGUCGGCACCUGCCGAGGACGGCCCGGCACCCGCUUCGCCUGCGGAAGCGGUUCCGCGCGCGCGGCAUCCGGUUCCCGGCGUCGGCUACGACCGCUACUCGAUGGCCGAAGAUGAUCUGCUCGACUCGUUUGGCCUUGCGCCGCCGGCGACGGACCGCUCCAGGUUCGGCAGCCGCUUCAAGAUGAGCCUGAGCCGCAGCGGCAGUCUCAAGCGCGGCAGCAGCAGCCCCUACUCGGCGUCGUCGCCGAGCCUCGACACGGACUCGUCGGCACCUUCGUUCCCCGGUUUCCGAAACGGCGCCUACCACAACGGGUCCUCGCCCACCUCGACCGACUUCUCGCGGGCCCAGACGGGCACGUCGAUCUCCUCGGCUGCCUCGGACUCGCAGCACAGCCUCAGCCAAGGGUCGAUGUCGGACGCUGCAAGCCGACCCCACCAGGCGUCGUCGUCGAGCGGCGACUACGCCGGGCCAUCGCCGGCCGAGCACCCGGCCGAGAUCACGGUGGCCACGCUGGCCACGCGCUACCCGCACCUGAGCAUCAAGGAGCUCAAGAAGCUCGAAAAGGAGGAGAAGAAGCGCAUCGAGAGGGAACAAAAGGCGCGCAAGAAGGCCGAGCGCGCCGAGUUCAAGCGGCUGGCGGCCGAGGCCGUGUUUGGUCCAAAGGGCAGCGACGGGCCCUCGCAGGCGCCGAUGUUCGACGACUCCGAGUCCGAGUACACGACGUCGAACGGCUCGACGCUGCAGACCGAGUCGUCGGCGGGGCGCUCCGAGGGCCUGACGUCGCGCACCUCGAGCAUCCGAUCGGGCACCAGCACCGCCAGCCCGAGGACAGCGGCGAGCCUCAAGACCAACAAGAGCCCGCGCUCGCCCAAGACGCCCGAGGAGAACCCGGCGUGGCUCGGCGGCGGAAGCUACACGGGAGCGUGGUUCGCCGGUGGGCCGUCGCCGCUGAUGGGCCCGCCCCUGCAGAGCGCCAGGUAUGCGCGCGGCAGCAAGAGCAGCCGCAGCGUCGGGUCCGGUGGAAGGCACUCGACCAGCGGACGCGCUUGA